UCCCGACUCUUCCUUGCAGGUUCCGUAGACGGCAGAAUCCAGGAGGUGAACGUGAGCCCCUGCCCCACUCAGCCCUGCCUGCUCCACAAGGGGACAUCCUACAGCAUCAACGUCACCUUCGCCAGCAAGAUCGAGAGCCAGGGCAGUCAAGCAAGGGUGUACGGGGAGAUGCUGCACGUGGACGUACCCUUCCCUAUUCCUGAACCUGAUGGAUGCAAGUCCGGGAUCCAGUGCCCCAUUCAGAAGGGCCAUUCCUACAGCUACCUGAAUAAACUCCCUGUGAAGAGCGAAUACCCCAGUAUUAAACUGAUUGUGAAGUGGGAGCUGGUAGAUGACAAGGACCAGAUGUUGUUCUGCUGGAAGAUACCAGUGCAGAUUACCAGCUGAGGGGCCCUGCCAUUAGUAGGGCUUGGGGAGGGAAAAACCAGAAACAACACAGGCCAAAUUCUUUUAUAUAAUAUACAUUUCUUACUGCUUCCUUCAGAGCUAUGCAGCCUCUGAGCAGCCAGCACUGUGUUCCUUGCAAGAUCAGCCCCUGGCAGAGUGCUCUUGCUGUGUUUAGGUGACAUCCCUGGGAUGUUCUAGCAGCUCAAAGGGCAGCAGUGUCUGCUGCAGGAGUGACUGAGCAUCAUCCUCCAGCCGCUAUGUGGAGGCACUUUAUCUGCUUGACAUGGAGACAGGGAGCUGUCUGUCUUCAGAAAGGAAUUUCACAGUGAUGAACCUGGCUAUUGUCUGAGCUGCUGCCUGAUAACCCUUCAGUGCCUCUUUAGAAUGCUGGCUGCGUCCACUCUCCUGUGUUUCUCCUGCUCUGUUGUGACUGGGAUGCUCCUGGGAUCUGCAUUUGCUAUCCAUGCAGCUGAAGCAGAGGGAAGGAGAGUAGUCUUUCCUUGAGCUGACAGCCUGCUAUGUCCUGGGCCUCUGCUCAAGCCAGCAGGACUCCAGCUGGGAAAACUUCCUUUUUGUGGAUGCAAAGCCAAAUGGCGUUCAAUGUCUCUGCAGGGAUGGUUCUUUCUCUAACCAAUGGUUUGCACUACUACUAACUUGGAGCUGCUGCAAGCUCCUGAAUCUCUUUUUAUAACCUUCCUUUUAAUAAAGGCUAGACAA